UAGCCUUCACGUGUUUGGUAUCUCCGAUUGACUAAAGGAAAUCCAGAUGCAGUGCCAAAGAGUAUAGCUGGUUUAUUUAUUUAUCGCCGUUGAUAUUCUAUGACGUAGAAUCGAUAUAAUUUUUAUUAUAAUAUAAAUCAAUUUAUUCAAAAUGGCACUUACAAGACCCGACGAGAAGACCCCACUCCUGAGGGAAUCAACUACAAACAAAACUUUAGACGACAUCGAGAAAGGACCUCAGACCGAACAAACAUCAUGCGGCGCCAAAUUCAAACGAUUCUUGUCGAAUGUUACAGUCGAACCAGCGUUACUUUUGCACUCCCUAUCCUACGCGGUGGAGGGUGUGUUCAAGACCAAUAUGGUCGUGGACAAGACGUGUUCCAUCGAGUUGCAGUACAGUGACGACAUAUGCACCAACCUGGACACCGGGAACUACGAUGCACAACAAGACACCGUUCAGGAGAUCACCAAUAAGUACAACAUGUACAGCGAGUGGAUAGAGUUGGGACCUGCCGUUUUCGUGCUCGUCUUCCUGGGAAUGUGGAGCGACAGACGCAGCCGCCGCCUGCCUCUGCUCCUGCCGAUGUUGGGGUCGACCCUGAAGGCUUUGGGUCUUAUGGCCAACGCAUACUUCUGGUCCCUCCAGCCCUACUUCAUCCUGCUUUCCUACAUCCCUUACGGCUUGACAGGCAGCAUGAUGGCCGCCUUCAUGGCCGCGUACGCAUACAUCGGCGACACGUCCGGCUCUCGCUCGAGAACGACGCGUCUGUCCUACGCUGGCAUCACGAUGUUCGCCACCUCCCCCAUUGGCCAUGCCCUUGGGACGCUGCUUUACCGGUACGGCGGCUACACGCUUGUCUUCGGAGUGGAGUUCGUCGUCUCGGCUCUUUCUGCUGUCUACGUCGUACUGCGGUUCGACGACAAACCACCGCAGAGCGCGAUGGAGGGCGGGGAGAAGAGUGUUUUCUCGCUGGACACCAUCAAGUCAACGUGGCGGGUCGUGUUCAAGGAGAGGGAGGGCCGGGGGCGUCCGCAGAUCCUGGGCCACAUCGCCUGCAUCUGCCUUUAUGUCAUGUCUCUUGGUGGAAUGUCCUUCCUGUUUCUUUACACCCGCAAGAAGUUCCAAUGGGAUUACUUCGACUACACUCUCUAUAGCAUGUUCAGUACUCCAGUUUCUGUCCUGAGUACCUGCAUUGUGUUACCAAUCCUAAGCUACCGACUGAGAAUAGAGGAUGGUAUGAUAGCUUUUAUCUCCAGUUGCUCGCAUAUCUUUUACGGCGUCAUGUUGGGCACAGCUCCUGCAGGCUGGGUGCUGUAUUUAACCUCGGCGGUGACCAGCAUAUCUGCCUUCGCGAUAUCGUGUUCCCGCGGCGCCCUGUCCAAGCUGGUGGCGCCGGACGAACUGGGCGCCGUUUUCUCCGUCAUCGGGAUGGGCGAGUCCCUCCUCCCCGUCCUGACCACGCCCCUUAACACCGCCAUCUACAAUAGCACUCUCGAAGUCUUCCCUGGCACGGUCUUCGUCGCACAGGCGGGCGUCUCCGUAGUCAUCGCUGUUAUCUAUGUGUGGCUCUUGACCAGUUUCGAAAACCCGAAGGAUAAGGAACUGACGGCAUGAAUCGUAACACCAUCGUCAUACAGGGUUCCUUGUUAUAUAGGAUUAAUAAUACAUAGUGUCCAAAACAGUGAUGAUCCACUCAAAAGCGAAAUAGUAAUAAUAAUGAUAAUAAUAAUAAUAAUAAUAAUAAUAAUAGUAAUAAUAAUAAUAAUAUUAUUAUUAAAAACAACAAUAAUAACAACCAAAAAUAAAAUUGUGUGUGUGUUUAUGCGUGUGUGUGUACGUGUGUGGGUGCACGUGUGUGUAGGACAGACCAGGUCUACUAAUCUCAUUCGUAUAAUUGAUAUUCUUCACUUUAUAUUUAUGCAUGACAAAGUUAUGCCAUGUGUCGUGUAGUUCUCGUUACAAGGCCUAGCCACUACUUAUGUAAAUAUAUAUGUAUGCAUAAGUUUAUUAAUAAA